AUGAAGACAUGUGUGGAUACCAUCGAGUCUUUCAAAAGCAAAACCAAGAAAAUCGCAGAAACUCUGGUUUUGGAGAAAUUUCCGCAAAAGAUUGUCGAAUUGGAAGAACUGCUGAAAAAUGAGAAGUUUUUGGGAGACUUUGAUGUGUCUCCGGAAGGCAUCCAUAUUCCGGAGGCGCUCGAUGUGAGCAGUCAAUCAGCAAAUGGUCAGUCGCUGUCAAGCAAUCAACUGAAUUCCCAUUUGGAUGAGACGUCCACUCGAGUCGAUGUGAAUGGCAUUGAUGUGAAGCCAGAGAGCGAUUGCGACAAAAGCUCUUCGCAAUCAUUGGUUGUCGUCGAGAGUAAUCCGUAUUUACGCGAAAUGAUUGCUUUAUUGAGGCCCCAAAUGUGGGAAUUGAUUGAACACACGCUUACACUGAGUGUUGGCAUUAAUCUAAUGAUACCUCAGAUCGAAGACGGAAACAAUUUCGGGGUUCAAAUACAACAGGAAUGCAUCGACACUAUCAUCGGCGCCGAGAAUGAUGUCCACAAACGCCUGCGUGAGAUCUGCUCUUAUUAUGCCACCAGAGCUGAGCUCAUGACCAAAGUUGUCAAAUACCCGCACAAUGAGGACUACCGGUGCGCCGUCAUUGAGCGCGACCGAGUGUUUCAGAAAUUCUUGUGCGGGUCUCUCAUCUCGAUUCGCAAUCAUUACAUGUAUAUUCAUGAUCUCAUCGCUCUAAGAGGUCUCAAUAGGUUUGGUGUUCACCACAAACUACUCAAAGGAUGUAAUGGUGUUUGCGGUGGACGUCCAUCAGGAGUGGUGACCCGCCGUGCCUUUCAUGAGGGCCAGUUCCCAAUGAGGCCAUCCGUAUAUCAAUGGCGCAAAUUCAAAGACCAGCUCCACUUCUACAUCAUGUUAGGAGUAGCGGUGGACGUCCAUCAGGAGUGGUGA